UUUUUUCCUGUUCUCUUCAACUGGUGCUGCUCAAACCACAGUUCACUGGCUGCCUGCAUCCUAUCAGAGAGCCCUCAGCUGCAGCAUGGGUGCUCUUCCAAUGCACUGGGUCUUAUGGAUGAGUGUUUUAAUGUUUGCAGGGAUAAAAAAGGCAAGCGGCUCAAACGUUUGCACCUCCAGAGGAGCCAGUACAUGCAAGCAAUGUCUGGCUGUGCACCCCAGCUGUGCUUGGUGUUUCAAAGAGGACUUUGGCCAUGGAGUUGCCAGCUUAUCACGCUGCGAUCUGAAGAAAAAUCUGAUUGCAGCAGGAUGUGAUCAGUCAAAUCUAGAGUCUCCAACCAGCAGACUCCAGGUGAUCGAGGACCGGCCUCUCAGCAACAAGGCGGCUGGAGCAACCCAAGAUGUCACCCAGAUGAAGCCGCAGAAACUGCACAUCACUUUAAGACCAGAUGAUGCAAAGCGCUUCACAGUAAAGGUUCGUCAGGUAGAAGACUACCCUGUUGACCUUUACUACCUCAUGGACCUUUCCUACUCAAUGAACGAUGACCUUUUCCGCUUGAGGACACUGGGUCGAGGCAUUGCUGAGGCCAUGAACCGAACAACCAGCAACCUUCGCAUGGGCUUCGGGGCAUUUGUGGACAAACCACUUUCACCGUAUAUGUACAUCUCACCUGAGGCAGCUGUGAAAAAUCCCUGCUACAGCAUUAAUACCACCUGUCUGCCCCAGUUUGGCUACAAACACGUGCUGUCUCUGACGGAGGAAGUUGGCCGCUUCACAGAGGAGGUGAAGAAACAGAUUGUGUCCAGGAACAGAGAUGCCCCCGAGGGAGGAUUCGAUGCAAUCAUCCAGGCUGCUGUGUGCAAGGAGCAGAUCGGCUGGCGUCCAGGUGCUUCGCACCUUCUGAUUUUUACCUCAGAUGCUAAAACCCAUGUAGCUUUAGAUGGUCGACUUGCUGGAAUCGUGCGGCCCAACGAUGGAGAGUGCCAUCUGAACUCUGACAAUAUGUACAGCAUGUCAACCACUAUGGAUUAUCCAUCCCUUGCUUUGAUCACAGAGAAGAUGUCAGAGAACAACAUCAACCUCAUCUUUGCAGUAACAAACUCUGUGGUGUCCCUUUACAAGAACUACAGUGAGCUUAUUCCCGGCACCACAGUAGGAACGCUGUCAAACGACUCUGGAAACGUUAUCCAACUCAUCCUUAAAGCUUACGCAGAAAUUCGUUCUAAGGUGGAGCUGGAGCUUCUGGGUGUCCCAGAGGAGCUGUCCUUGUCCUUUAACGCCACCUGUCUGAAUGGAGAACUCAUCCCAGGCAUGAAGUCCUGCUCUGGGCACAAAAUAGGGGACACGGUCUCGUUCAGCGUGGAGGCCCGUGCUCGAGGCUGUCCCAAACAAAAGAAGAAAACAUUCAUCAUCAAGCCUGUGGGCUUCAAGGACUCCCUCUCCAUUACUGUCACCUUUGAGUGUGACUGCAAGUGCCAGAGCAAAGCCCAGCUAAACAGCCCUAAAUGUAGCAACGGGAAUGGCACCUAUGAGUGCGGCAUGUGCCUGUGCCACCCCGGCAGGUUAGGGCCAUACUGCGAGUGUGCAGAGGGUGACUAUAACCCCAUGGAGCAGGACCGCUGUAACGGGCCUGAAGGGUCCGGAGGAGCCGUCUGCAGUGGCCGCGGUGACUGUGUGUGCGGUCAGUGUGUGUGCCACAGCAGCGACUUUGGAAAGGUGUGGGGGAAUCUGUGUGAGUGUGAUGACUUCAACUGCCUGAGAUACAAAGGAGAACUAUGCUCAGGCCAUGGGGUGUGUAACUGCGGUUUCUGCCAGUGUGCACCAGACUGGCAGGGCGAGAACUGCAAUUGCUCCCGACGCACAGACACCUGCAUGUCCAACCUGGGUCUACUCUGCAGCGGCAGGGGCCAGUGUGUUUGCGGGGUCUGUGAGUGUACACAGCCGGGGGCCUACGGGGCCACAUGUGACAAGUGCCCUACUUGCCCAGACGCUUGUACCAUGAAGAAGGAGUGUGUGGAAUGUAAGCACUUCAAGAGAGGCAAGCUGCAUGACGAUAACACCUGCAGUCAAAUUUGCAAGGAUGAGAUUGUACUUGUUGAUGAAAUAGUGCUCCAUGAUACAAAUGCUGUAAACUGCUCAUAUAAAGAUCAGGAUGACUGUGUGGAGCGAUUCCAGUAUUACGAGGACGCCAGCGGCAAAUCCAUCUUAUUUGUGGUCAAAACGCCUGACUGCCCUAAAGGUCCGGACAUUUUGGUGGUGCUCCUGUCUGUGGCAGGAGCCAUCUUAUUCCUCGGCCUUGCCGCUCUGCUGAUCUGGAAGCUGCUGGUUACCAUCCAUGACAGGCGGGAGUUUGCCAAAUUCGAGGAAGAGCGUGCUCGGGCCAAGUGGGACACGGGGCACAAUCCUCUUUACAAAGGAGCGACAUCUACAUUCACCAACAUCACGUACAGAGGAAAAGACUGAUGCUACUGAAAGAAUAAAAAAGAGAUGUAGAGCAUGAAAUACUGGACUGAUAAGAUCCUUUGGGAGAGUGCGGCGAGUCUUGUGCAGCCUUCUACUGUCAUUUAAUAAUAAUGUGUGUAAAUAUGUAGAAAUUAUUCUGAGGAAGAAUUUUCUAAGUAUUAAUUUCCUUCACAAUGAUGAAAAAUAGUUAAUGCUUUUAUGAUUUACAGAGGUUAAUUUUCUGCUCAGGCAUAAAUAAAGAUUUGUGGUCUCCUCAUAUAUAUUGUACAGUAUGUCUUGGCAAUAUAUGCUUCUAUCUCUGAUACUCUUUGAAAAGCAAAUAUUGGUUUGUAGAUUAUUUUUAUUUUCAUGUUCAACAAAAAAGGAAUCCAAUAAAAAAGCAAGACUUAGACAACCGCGGUGGCAGCUGAACAAUGAUGUAGAGUGAUAUUGUUUCUCUAAAAAAAAAAAAACAAAGUCAAGAGCAUAGCACAAUGGCAACCCAAGAAGAAAGUAAAGAUUUCAACGCCUCCAGCUUGAAUGUGAGAACAUAAGAUUUAUGCUUUGAUUGUUCUUGUUAGGAGGAUAAAUUCAGAUGUAAUGCCUGAGAGCAGUAGCUUGGAGACAGAUUACCGCCCCACCCAAGGAUUAAAAAAAGGAACUAUAAUACUUACUUUAAAACAAGAUGGUUUAGUUUUAUGUGGUAUCCAAAACAUGAUCAUUUGUUUUUCUUAGCUUAAAAGUAUUCUCAGAUACUCAAAUAAUGAGAUAAUUACCUCUUCAGUUUUCAGCUCCUUUCACAAUUAGCAGUUUUAGAGCCCCUUCCCUUUUAAGCCAGUAAGCUUUUUCUGUCCACCUCACCCAACCUCAAAGCUUUCACUCUCAAUAUCUUUAAAAAUGGUUACAAACAGAUGCCUAAUGUUACAACCAUAGACCCAGAAGCUAAAGAAGUAGACACUUCUGCUGAGCCAGCAAGGAUGUAGCAACUGGUUUCUGGAUGAUAAGUAAGUUGCCUAUUUUUACAGAGCUACCUUGAAAGUCAGGCUUCUGGAGUGUUAUCUAUUGGUUUGUGUAAGAUACUUCCAGGAGGACACCAAUUGCGUUAGCACUCCUUCGAGAAUUUUAAUGAAGAAAUCAGAAAAGUGCUGAUCAUCACCUGUAAAUUAUUAGAUUGCAUAUAAUACUUAUAAAUGUGUUAGAUUUUGUUUGUUAUAGUUUUAUCCCCCUGGGGCUACUGUGAGGUUCAGUGAUGGCCGAUAAUGACGUCAUUUUUGGGAAAUUUGACUUUUAAAAUAGCCACUGCUUUUUAGAAGCAGUUGCAGUAGAGAUCCAAAUGUAUGUAUGAAAAUUUUUUGCAUAAUAGGUCUCCUUUAAGAGCACUAUGUGGUGAGAAAACUCUGCCUGUUAUUUUGCUUUUUAAAUAUUUGAAUUCUUGCCAUAAUAAGAUCAUUUUUGCUUCAUUUCUUACCAGCAUUGUUAUUUUGAUGUGCUCAGGCUUGUAUAAGGGCAACUUUCACAGCAAUGUAACUCCAAUAAAACUACUUCACAUAAGUUAUAUAGGAGUGUCAUGCUGUGUUUGGCAAAAACAUUAAAGCUGUAAAUGGAAACAGAUGGACAUUUCACUUUUAACACUUUAAACAUAUAUUUUUUUACUUGUAAGAAGCUGAAUUCUGCUACAGUAUUGAAACAUCAUCUAAGGAGACUGUCUGACCUACCAUGUUUUCAGAUUACAAGCUAUCCUCCAUAAACAGC